UAGCUUCCCUUGGAUGACAAGACCUCAUAUCUAUGGACUAGCUUACAACUAAAACUAUCAUCUUUAUUCAAUUACACUAAAAUGAUUGGCUUUGAAUGUUUUGAUUCGCUGAUUGCUGUUAUUACUAAAUAAUAUGGAGAAAAAAUGCUAAUUAUGUGUAAUUAAAAAGAUUUGAUUUUGUGGACAGAAUCUGAAGUAGAGAAAAACAUAUCUUCAUGUUACUCUUAUGCUCUGUUUUGGUAUAUGAGUAAUUUGAGCUUUUGAUAAGUUAAAAGAAUGGAGAUUCUCCACUUCUCACCUUCUUCAUCAAUCUCGACGAUCAUACAUAGACCUCGAAGAAAGAUUAUGGCUUUGAGAGAUUCCAUCAAAACCCAGAUGAAUCUCAUUACGACAGAGUCUGUUUCAUCUUUCAGGUUCUGUCCUUGUGGAAGAAGACAUUUCAUAGGAGCUGCUAUGACUUCAAUGCCAUUUCUUCCAAUCUCUCCCUCUCACGCUUCUACCUCAACGGAAGAUUUGAAAAGAUUACGUCCUCCAAAGCCAGAUUGGUAUGAAGAAUUCUUUGCUUGGUCUAUGAAUUCAGAGGUGGAAUCGUACGAGAAAGAGGUUUCAGAUUACAAGAUGAAACUCUUUGAUAACUUAGUUGGGAAAGCAGAAAAAGUUUUGGAGAUUGGCAUUGGAACAGGUCCCAACUUCAAGUACUACACAGACAUUCCAAACGUUUCUGUUAUUGGUAUUGAUCCAAAUGCUAAAAUGGAAAGUUAUGCGCGUAAAUCCGCUACAGAAGCAGGCUUGAAACCUGAAGAAUUCACAUUCGUUCAUGCGCUUGGAGAGUCUAUACCGUUAGAAGAUGCAUCGGUUGAUGCAGUCGUGGGGACUCUGGUGCUUUGUUCUGUCACAGAUGUCACUCAGACGCUCAAAGAGAUAAAACGGAUACUAAGACCGGGAGGGAUAUACAUUUUCAUUGAACAUGUUGCAGCCGAAGAUGGUACAUUUUUGAGGUUGGUGCAGACAGUUUUGGACCCAUUGCAACAAGUUGUUGCCGAUGGAUGUCACUUGACAAGGCACACCGGAGAGUCAAUUUUAGAAGCUAGGUUCAAUGGUGGUGCAGAUGUUAAAAAGACAUCUCUUUCUAGGCUUGCUUACAUAAGCUCUCAUGUCUAUGGAGUUGCUUAUAAUUAAUAAAAACACAGGAACAUGUCUCUUAGAUUCAUCCAAGGUAUGGUGAUAAUUUGUACCUUUUCAAUGAGAUAUAUAAAUAAAUGUAAAUGAUCACUCUAGCUUAUUUUAUAUAGUAGGAUAAGUCUAUUUUAUUGA